AUGGAGACCAAACUUCAAGCGCUGAGAGUGACCGACCUGAAGGCGUUGCUCACCUCGGCUGGCUUGUUGGUCUCGGGUAACAAGCCGGAUUUGAUCCAGAGGUUGUUGGAGAACCCAAGUGCUACAGCUUCACUUGGUGGAGCAGAGCAAGAGACAGAGGCAGCAGCAACAGCGGCAGCAGCAGAAGCGGUUCCGACACCCGCUGCGACUUCGGUACAAGCACUAGCCCCGGCAGCGGUAGCGGUAGAAGCGUUGCCGGCAGCAUCCGCGUCUGCACCCGCGCCCGCGCCCGUGGCCGCAUUUGUCGCACCUGUCGCAUCCGUUCCUGCACAAGUCAACAACGGAUCACCAGUAGAAGCGCCUCCACAGCCCGAGGCGGAAGCGCACCGUCAAGCGCUUAUCGUCGAACUGGAGAAACGCAAGCAGCGAGCGGCCAAGUUCGGCCAACCUCUCGGCGAGGCGGAACGCAAACUGGAACGCGCCAUCAAGUUCGGCCUGGACGCCGAAGACCAAGCCAACGUGGCCAAGCUCAUGCAACCGCUCGGAUCCAGACCGGCAAAACCCGCCAAGCCGACCAAGCAGAGUUCAGACAAGACAACACCAGUGCAUACCGAACAAGAGAACAAGGCUCGAUUCGCGCAAUUGCAAGUGGACAAGGAGAAGGCGAAAAAGCGCGCUGAGAGAUUCGGCUUGGUCAACGAGGCGCGCGAGCUUGAUGAGGAAAAGAAACGCAAGCGCAACGCGCGCGACGACGGCGCGUUGACGGAUGCAGACAAGAAGAUCAAGGCUUGA